GUUUACAAGUUUGAGUGAAGCAAGAUAUGGAAUCAGAUCUUCACUACUUUAAGACUUUAAAAUGUUAGCUAAUAGACACUUCCACUUUAAUUCUAUCAUUUUGACCCCACUCUUCCUCUUUCUUUAUUCUCAAGCCUGAAUGCAGAGCUUAUAUAUAUCUCAGUGAAUAUAUUGCUUUGAAGAAAAGAACCAAAUUCUCCAUUGCCGCUCUUUGAUCUUUUAUUUUCAUACCAUAUUCUACAUUGCCGCUCUUUCAGCUUUCAUUUACGCACCAAAUUCUCUAUUGCUACUUUUUUCAUCCUUUUACCAAAUUCUAUACAUUUCCGCUCUUUCAGCUUUCAUUUCCACACCAAAUUCUCCGUUGCUACUCUUUCAUUUUAUACCAAAUUCUACAUUGCCGCUCUUUGAUCAUUUAUUUUCAUGCCAAAUUCUACAUUGCCGCUCUUUCAGCUUUCAUUUACGCACCAAAUUCUCUAUUGCUACUUUUUUCAUCCUUUUACCAAAUUCUAUACAUUGCCGCUCUUUGAGCUUUCAUUUCCGCACCAAAUUCUCCAUUGCUACUCUUUCAUCUUCAUACCAAAUUCUACAUUGCCUCUCUUUCAGCUUUCAUUGCCGCACCAAAUUCCCCAUUGCUACUCUUUCAUUUUCAUAUCCAAUUCUCCAUUCCUGCUCUUUCAUUUCCAUACCAAAUUCACUGUUGCAGAUUUUUGUGCUUUCAUUUCACACCAAAUUCUUCAAGCCUGCUGCUUUUUGAGAUUUCAUUUCAUAUCACCUUUACUUCCCAGUAACUAAGAAAACCAAUCAAAAAGAGAGAAUUAAAAAAAAAAAAAAAAUUGCAGUAACAAAGGAGAUAGCUAUGGAUUUCUUAUCUAAAGUUGUGGACAAAGUCACAGAUUGGUUGAUCGAUUCAAUUGUGCGAGAGAUUGGGUAUUUCUUUACCUAUGAGAGCAACAUCAGAACUUUGGAUAAUGAAUCUGCAAAGCUGGAGAAUAUCAGAAGUGGAGUGCAGCUAAGAGCGGAGGCUGACCGGAGAAGCUUACGCGAAAUUUCAUCCAUCAUGGAGGAUUGGUUAAAUAGUGUUAAUACGACUACUGCAGAUGUGGCGAGUAUACUGCGAGGUAGAGCUGAGGUUGAAAGAGGUUGUUUCUAUGGCCGUUGUCCAAACAUGAAGUCACGUUACUUGCUGAGUAAGAGAUCGAAGGAAAUUGCACAGGAUGUGAUUAAACUUCAAACUGAAGGAAAAGAUCAUGUUAAGUUCUCCCAUCCUGUCGAAAUUGUAGUUAUGCCUAGUAACAGGGGUGAGGAGUUUGACUCCAGAAAACAGGAGGAGGAAGAGGUCAUGGAAGCUUUGAGAGAUGAUAGGGUCAUUAUUAUUGGGAUAUGUGGUAUGGGUGGUGUCGGUAAGACGAAACUGGCUGAGAAAAUAAGAGCAAGGGCGAAAAAAGAAAUGAUGUUUGAUGAGGUUGUAAUGGCAACUGUCAGUCAACAACCAGACUGGAAAAGGAUUCAAGGUGAGACCGCAAGAGAAGUCGGGCUGACAUUAGAAGGGGAUAAUUUAUGGAGUCGUGGAGAUCGGCUGCGUUCAAGGUUAAUGGAUCAGGAGAGUAUCCUUGUAAUAUUGGAUGAUGUUUGGGAGGCUCUUGAUCUAAAGAAACUUGGAAUUCUCAGUGGUAUCAACCACAACCAUCGGUGCAAAGUAAUAUUGACAACGCGCCUCCGAGAUGUUUGUGAAGCUAUGGAGGCUCAGACGAUCAUGGAAGUUGCAACCUUAUCUGAAGAAGAGGCAUGGAUCCUUUUCAAGCAGAAAGCUGGUAAUUCAGUUGACGUUGCUUCCCUUCAUCUCACAGCAAAAGAUAUUGCCGCUGAAUGCAAGGGGCUGCCACUUGCAAUUAUUACAGUUGCAGGAGCACUAAAGCAUAAGAGCAAGCCUUCAUGGGAGGAUGCCCUUCUACAAUUACAAAGAUCAGCACCAACAAAUAUCCCAGGAGUGAUUAAAAAUGUGUAUCAAUCUCUCAAGUUAAGCUAUGAUUACUUGGAAAGUGAUGAAGUCAGGCACCUUUUCUUGCUUUGUUCCUUAUUCGAACAAGAUAGUAAUAUCUGGUCAGAGCAAUUACUUAGAUAUGGAAUGGGGCUUGGCAUCUUUUCAGAAAUUAAAAAUUUAGAAGAAGCAAGAAAGCGGGUGUGUCAUCUGUUAGAAACAUUGAAAGAUCGGUUCUUGUUAUCUGAAGGCUACACUGAUGUUUAUGUCAAAAUGCAUGAUGUAGUCCGUGACGUGGCUGUAUAUAUUGCGUCUGAGGGCAAGCAUGUCUUUAUGGUAAAUCACGAUGUGAACUCAGAAGAGUUCCCAAGAAGAACUUCUUACGAGCCAUACAGUCACAUGUCAAUUGUUGCAAAAGGAUUUGAUGAGCUCCCUAAACCAAUAUCUUGCCCACGACUUGAGUUUCUAAUGUUAAAAUUCUCUCAAAGGCCAUUCAAAUUGCCGGAUGAUUUUUUUGUUGGAAUGAAUAAACUCAAUGUCUUAAGCCUGAGUGGAUAUAAGGACUCAGUUCUGUCUUUUCCAGCAUCAAUUCAGAGGUUGUCAAAUCUGCGUACACUAUCUCUGAUUAAUUUAGGGUUGGAUGACAUAUCCAUCAUUGGCGAACUUGUCAAUUUAGAAAUUCUCAGCAUCAGAAAUUCUUACUUAGAGGAGCUCCCAGUGGAGAUAGGAAAAUUGACCAAUCUAAUUAUGUUAGAGUUUUGGAAUGAUGAAAAUGAAGUACUUAAAAGGAUUUCACCAGGGGUCUUAUCAAGACUAGUUCGAUUGGAGGAACUAACAAUAUAUCCAUGUUCUGACGAAGUGAUUUACAGUAACUUGGACCUUUCCUCCAAGCUGACACGGUAUGCUCUAAUAGUGGGUGGUGAUAGUUACGUCGAGAGUUCACUCGCAGAUAAGUACAACAGGAUUAUAGUUCUCGAUGGGGUCACUGAGACCACCCCAUUGGGUGAUUGGAUCUGCCGCCUGUUGAGGAAGAGUGAACUUGUACAUUCAAGCGGAAAUGGCUCCAAGAAUGUGCUGACCGAGUUGUUGCUCGAUGGAUUUCAGAACGUGAAAGAUCUCUGCCUGGCUGAUUGCGAUUCAUUGACACAUUUAUUGAAUAUCCACUGUCAGAAUAAUAUUCCGUUUCCCAAACUCGAAAGGUUGGUGGUAAUCGAUUGUCCUCAUCUACGGUAUCUUUUUUGUAUGUCCUCGGCUGUAGGGAGUUCGUCAAACACGGCAGUAGUUUGCCCUGAUGAUGAGGAGGAGGAAGAGGAGAUCUAUCAAAGGAUACAUAUCAGACCACAAGGGAACAAGGUCCAAGUAAUCAAGUUCCCCAAUUUAUACCACUUGGACCUUGAAAAUCUGUUUUGCCUCACUCACUUUUGCAGUGACACUGUUGAGGGCAUUGAGUUCCCUCAGUUACGAUUCAUGUGCCUCUAUUACAUACAAGAGUUCCAAAAUUUCUGGCCUACAGCCAACAACUCUAUCACGGACUCAAAUCCUCUUUUUGAUGAAAAGGUUUCUUGUCCCAGUCUGGAAGAGCUAGAACUCUAUAGGGCUGACAGCAUAACUGCUCUAUGCUCUCACCAACUUCCAAUUGGCUACUUCAACAAACUUGAAAUAUUGAGAGUAUCGUAUUGUGACAACGUGAAAAACUUGAUGUCUCCAUCAGUGGCCAGAGGUGUUCUGAAUCUCCGAAUACUAAGUAUAGCAGAUUGUCCAUUAAUGGAAGAAGUGAUCACAGAAGAGGAACAACAAGGAGAAGAAAUGACUAAUGAGCCAUUAUUUCCCCGGUUGGAAGAGCUGCACCUUAUCCUUCUACCAAAGCUGGGACAUUUCUUUAUGACAAAGCGUGCUCUUGAAUUUCCAUUUCUCAGAGAAGUGCAUAUUUAUUGCUGCCCUAAAAUGAAGACGUUUUCUGUGAGUACACCGAGUCUCGAAAAGAUGAAAACUUUUUUUGAGGUGAACGAUGAUCUUGGGGUGGAAGAUGAUCUCAAUAAAUGGAUACAGCGGAGGUUCAAUUCAAAGGAACAAGAAGCUAGUCAUGGCUCUGCUGAUGGCGACAAAUCCGAAGCUAGUCAUGGCAAUGAAUCUUGAAGCUUGUGGUAGCGAUGAAUCAAAUGUUCUCAGAGUAUCAUUCUGAACUCAAAGUCAGAUUUAAAUAAGUGUAAUAAUGCAAAUAUCUUUUCAUUUUCUCAAGCACAUUUUAAUUCCUUCUCUAAGAACGUGUUUAAGCAUUUUGUGUAAAUUAAAGACCUUAGCUGAAAUAUAAUUAUUUCGCAGUCA